GCAGGCAUUUUUUUGCAGCAGAAAUCGCUCGUGUGUGUGUUUUUCUGUAGUGUCUGACUUGUAGAGUUAAUAAGGCUCCAUAGUUUCGUGCAAAAUUGCACUCAAAUCUUAAGGAUUACUAGUGCUAAUGGUGAGGAGGUGAAUCUGCUGGAUACUUUCGAAUAGAGAUCGGCAAAUGUACUCGAAUAUUCGUCAACGAUAACUGAGCUGAAUUGGUACUGCCUUUGACAAGCAUUAUCAUUUAAACAGCUGUAGGAAUUACUAACGGAAUAAAUCUUCUAUCUAUGUAAACUCUUUCGAGUUGCUCUAGUCAGCAUCGGAACGCGCGCGAAAGAGUACAUACAUACGCAAACGGUAAGCGUUUUAAAUUCCCCCGAAAAGAAAUAAGCACGCGGCCGGCGAGAGCCAAGGAAGAGUAUUGCAAAAUGCCGAACAUCGUUCAAGAUCAUCCUAUCGGUAAACAGAGGCUGGCGAAAAAGUUUACCCGUUUGCAAGUGUUGAGCAUUAUCAAACAAUUUACAAUGGAUAAAAUGAAGGAAUCGGCUGCCGGUGAAAGUGGCGUCGGGGGAGGCGGCGGUGGCGGCGGAGGAGGUACAGCGGCGAGCGACGAAUUUCACAGUGAAUUUUACAAUACGGGACGCAUAGGUCGACGGAACGCACUACCAGAUAUUCUAGGAUCACACUGUACCACCACGACAGCUGAUCUGCCGACGCAGAUGGGAGCGCUGAGUACCUCCGAUUGUUCCAACAAACCCACCAUCACGCCAUCUGCAGGCAGUGGCAGCACAAUGAUCACCAAUACCCCAACGACUCCAGCCACAGGAAGUGGUUCCUAAAAUUAGCUCUCCAUUCACCAUACAAUUACAAAAAAACAAAAACAAAAAGAAUAUAUCUCCGAUCUGUGCGCAACGCUCGAAAUCUGAAACCUUCUGGGCUGUAGUAGCUAAAUAGCAAUACGGCUAAGUUCUUCGGUUUUAACCCAUACUCCCGGCUAAUCCCAGCAUCCAAUCUCACGUGGUGUGGUCCAAUUUUGCGAUUAUUAGUUCAUCGAUUGUAUAAAGGAGAAACCAGUUUUAUUUUUGCAACCGAAAGAUCUCGUUUAGCU